AUGGUAUUUGCUUCGGUGUUCAAUUUAGCAACAACACUUUCAUUGAGUUGUUUUUAUGCUUCACAAUUUUGCAAUAAUCAAACAUUAUCAGUGCCUAAUCCGCCGCCAAUCAUCGAACAUGGCCAUUCGAAUCAAACGUUAAUGAUAAGUGCAUCAGCGAUUCUCCCAUGUCAAGCAUCCGGUCGUAUUGCACCAAUCAUAAGUUGGUUGAAAGACGGUGAAACGAUUGAUAUGAAUGAUCCAUCAUAUGAAAAUCGGUUUAAACAACUCGCCAUUGGAUCUCUUCAAAUAUCAAAUCUCAAAAAAUUAGAUACAGGAGUAUAUACGUGUCGAGCUCGUAAUGACGAUGGUGAAUCAACUUGGACCGCGUCACUAAUUGUUGAAGGUGAAGACUUCUUCGAAGACCAUACAAAUCCAUUGGUAACAUUCAACCGUAUGCCUGAUAUUUCAACUUUUCCUACAGCACCAGGAAAACCUAUUCAGGUUAAUGUAUCGGAUGAUAAUGUUUAUCUGGAAUGGACUCCACCGGAGAAAAGUGGAGCCACAAUAAUCACUGGAUAUAUUUUGCAAUAUUUUAGUCAAGAAAUGGGUAAAACGUGGUUUAAUGUGCCAGAAUAUAUUCCUGGAUCUCGUUUUCGAGUUAAAAAUUUGAAACCCUCUAGCUCCUAUAGGUUUAUUGUCCGCGCGGAAAAUUCUAAUGGAAUAGGUCCGCCAUCACCAGUUAGCGAAGUUAUUCGCACCAAUGCGGCUAAAGACGAAGUGAUCAGUGGAGACGCAAGUAUUUUUAUUGCACGCCAACGCCUUGCAGCUGAACAGUUAUUAAAACUUGAUGAAGUUAAAAAAGUUAAUUCAACGGCUGUUCGUCUCUUUUGGAAGAGAAGACGAGUUGAACCACUUGUGCAAGGAUAUUACAUAAAGUGGCGUAUUCUUUCCUCAAAUAGUGAUAAUUUUCAUAAUAAUUGGGUUAAUGUUACUGAUGGAAAUGUCGAUUCAUAUUUGGUGAAUGGAUUAAAACCAUUUACCAAUUACGAAUUUUUCGUUAUUCCAUAUCACAAGUCGGUUCAAGGAAUGCCAAGUAAUUCUCUGGAAGGAUCGACGGAUGAAGCUCCACCAACAGCCGUACCCACAGACGUUCGCGUUCGAAUGAUGAAUUUGACUACAUUAAGAAUUUCUUGGCGUCCUCCACCUGCUGAAGGAAUUAAUGGCAUUCUCAAAGGAUUUCAGAUUGUAAUUCUUGGUAAUGGAGCGAAAUAUAAUCGUAAUAUCACAACAAAUGAACGUGCCGCUAGUGUAACUCUAUUUCAUUUAGUGCCAGGCAUGACAUAUGGUGUGAAAGUUGCUGCAAGAAAUAAUGCAGGUGUUGGUACUUAUCAUGGUCUUGAAGCUGUUACUAUGAAUGAAGCGACUUUGCGAGAACAUAUCGCUUUGCUGGCUGGUGCUUCAUCAAGCGAUCGAAUUCUGUAUCUUGUUCGAAAACCGUGGUUUAUUGCUAUUGCGGGCGUUUUCGCGUGGAUUGUUUUUGUCGCAAUUAUCACUGUUGUUUGGUGGAGAUGGCGUAGAUCUCGAGGAAAAGCAGCCGCGCGGCUGGGAAUGCCAUUUAUUAAAAUCAACGAUGGUAGUGUGCAUCUGACAUCAAGAGAUGCGCUUUGGAUGGAUCACAGUAAUUUGAUGUCGGCUCAGCGAUCUCUGCUAUUGAAUAGCUCAAUAAAUGGUGCAAAUUAUUCCGGUCCACCUGUUUAUACUAAAACUCCACAUCAGGGAGAUUUUUGUUCAGAUGGCCAAUUGCCAGAUAGGCAUUAUCCUUCAAAUUUACUUGGAACAAUUGAUCGUUCUCAGUCACCACAUCACUAUCAUUAUGCGGCAUUAUCUAAUGGUCCUUCACCACCAGCUAUUUCUACAUUUUAUGGUGGUCGUCAGCAUAUGGAUGACCCAUCACCUUAUGCAACAACAACAUUGGUGAUGAAUAAUCGCCAGAAUUGGUUAAAAGAUCAUAUGUUACGCUGUCCUGCAUUGCCAUCGAUUCCGGUGCCUUCUGGUCCUCCACCCAGAUUUCAGGACUUUACUAUGCAAACAAAAAAUGAACAUUUUGCUUCGGCUCAUUCGCCUUCAGUCAUCAAAACAAAAAAGAACGAAUGUAUUCAUCAAUCGACAAGCCCACCACAUACCGACGUAUCAUAUGUUCAGUCAUCUUCUGAUGGCACUGGAGGAAGCUCUAAUGGUCAAAAUAAAACAACAGUGGGAAAGGAGCGAAGGCAGACUCCAAAAGAAACCCUUUUAGAAAUCCUACCUCCUCCACCUUCUUCGCUUCCUUCAGAUAAUACCAGUAAUAAAGUAACGAGGGGAGUCAAUGAGUCAGUUAAUUGUCGAUUGGUGGAUUCAGAGCAUUACGAUGCUGUAUCUGAUGCAUUGUUGUUUGAUCGAAAUUCUCGCUAUACUUCUUCGCAUGUGCCAAACAAUAGACUUAAUGGUUAUCGAUUGGGUCCAACCGGUUAUGGUGGAGGACAGGAGGAUGACGAUAGUCAACGUUCAUCAUUAAUGCUUGAUGGAAAUGGUCGGACAGAGACAUUAUCGUCAUCGGAAGCUGGUGAGGAAAGUUGGGAACGUGAUGAAGAUUGUACGAUAAAUAGGAGAAUAGACGUAUCGCAAAAUCCCGAAAGUACCCCAAAUCGGCCCUCCCAACCCUGUAUGGGAAUAAGUGCAUCAACGCUAUCGCAAAAUGCUUGUGAUUCCUUUAAUGUAAAACAUUCAACGAGUCGUUUGAAAUCUUUGCCACGGAAUGUGAAAAAUGAUUUAGUCUAA